AUGGCCUCCCGUAAUACUCGCAAGAUUCUGCGGCCGCUCCUCUAUACUACCGCCGCCCUUACAACAGUGGGUGCUGGCGCUCUCUACAUUUCAUACCGUCCCCGCAACAUUCCCGGCCUCGAAGCGCCUGCGGUUCCGCCGCCGGGAUACCAUGAAGGCAAGCUUGUUCCCCCAAGUUUUCCCAGAAUCAAGUCGCGCCUGGAGCAGAUUCAAGAUCUUAAGCGCAGUGCCGCUGGCGACGAGGCAGAUGUGUACGAUCUUCUUGUGAUUGGUGGAGGUGCUACAGGGUCGGGAAUCGCGCUCGAUGCUGCGACGCGUGGUUUGAAGGUAGCGGUGGUUGAGAGAGACGAUUUCAGCGCUGGAACGAGUAGUAAAAGUACGAAGCUCGUUCAUGGCGGUGUACGUUACCUAGAAAAGGCCGUAUGGGAGUUGGAUUAUAACCAGUAUGCUCUGGUGAAAGAGGCUUUGAGAGAGCGCAAGUACUUCUUGAAUACGGCACCUCAUCUUUCGAGCUGGCUUCCAAUCAUGGUUCCCGUACAGAAGUGGUGGCAGGUUCCCUACUUCUGGGCUGGUACCAAGGCAUAUGAUUGGUUGGCUGGAUCUGAGGGUAUUGAGAGCUCUUACUUUCUGCCAAAGAGUAAGGCGAUUGAAGCUUUUCCCAUGCUUCGCAAGGACAAUCUUCUAGGUGCCAUGGUUUACUACGAUGGUGCCCACAAUGACUCGCGUAUGAACGUUUCACUUGCGAUGACGGCUGCGUUGUACGGCAGCACUGUUGUGAACCACAUGGAGGUUACUGGCCUCGAGAAAGAUGCUUCUGGAAAACUGAACGGUGCCCGGCUAAGGGAUUGCAUUCCCGGAAAGGACGGCAAGGAGGCUGAAGAGAUUACCAUCAAGGCCAAGGGAAUCAUCAACGCGACUGGCCCCUUCACCGAUUCCAUCCGAAAGAUGGACGAGCCUGAUGUCAAGGAGAUCGUGGCGCCCAGUUCCGGUGUUCACGUCAUCCUGCCCGGUUAUUACAGCCCAUCGAACAUGGGUCUCAUCGACCCUUCAACGUCCGACGGCCGUGUGAUCUUCUUCCUUCCUUGGCAGGGAAACACGAUCGCCGGUACCACUGAUACCCCGACAGACAUCACUCCCCUGCCCCAGCCCUCUGAGAAAGAUAUAAACUGGAUCUUGACGGAAAUCAGACGCUAUCUGGCCCCGGAUAUCAACGUUGACCGCUCUGAUGUGCUUGCUGCCUGGGCCGGUAUCCGACCUCUGGUGCGCGACCCGAAGGUGAAGAGCUCGGAGGCACUUGUUCGCAACCACCUCAUCACCGUCUCUCCCUCUGGCCUGUUGACCUGCGCCGGAGGCAAAUGGACGACUUAUCGCCAGAUGGCCGAGGAGGCCGUUGACGAGGCUAUCAAGGAAUUCAAGCUCAAGCCCUCUGCGAUGCACAACGUUCCGGAUAUCAGCGGUGUCGGAGGUCGUGGCCUGGUUGCCGACAACGCCACACUUGAUGGCUCUUGCCAGACUCACCAAGUCCGCCUUAUCGGAGCUCAUGGCUGGUCCAAGACUCUGUUCAUCAACCUCAUUCAGCAUUAUGGUCUUGAGACCGAGGUCGCCAAACACUUGACAACAUCGUAUGGAGAUCGCGCCUGGCAGGUUGCAGCUUUGUCGGCGCCGACGGAUACCCGCUUCCCCGUCCGCGGCAAGCGCAUUUCUGCCCUGUACCCCUUCGUUGACGGUGAGAUCCGUUUCGGCGUCCGCCACGAAUACGCACAGACCGCCGUCGAUGUCAUCGCCCGCCGAACCCGUCUUGCAUUCCUCAACGCCCAAGCUGCACUUGAGGCUCUCCCCACAGUGAUUGACCUGAUGGGCGACGAGCUGAACUGGGACAAGAACAGGAAGGAAGUUGAGUGGAAGGACAGUGUGAAGUACCUCGCGUCAAUGGGGCUGGCCCCUGGUCUCCUCAACGUGACCCGAGACGAAGUUGAGGGCGGCAAGGUCACGGAACUGCUCGCCAGCGAGCGCGGAGCUUUCACAAGAGCUGAACCUCCGGCAGACGUCAUCGCCGAAACUCACAACCCGGUCAUGGGCAGUGAGGCUCCUGCAAACAAAUAG